AUGAACCACUCUGAACCUCAGUUUGUAUCGAUUUCAGGUGCCGUCUCCUUCCGUUCAACCCGACUCUGGCAGUCACCGUUGCGCCCUUUUGAAGGCAAUGGGACGCCUUUGCAGCUGCGCCAAAUGAAAGCACAACCCUCCCUUUUUAUCGGUACCAAAACUGCGUUCUUCCACUUCCGGUCAGCAGCCGAGUUAACUCAAUAA